AUGGGUAGAAGACCAGCUAAGUGCUACAGAUUAAUAAGUAAGAAGGCUUACGUUAAAUCAAGAUUCUGUAGGGGUGUACCAGAGAGUAAGAUAGCAAUUCAUGACCUGGGAAACAGAAAGGCACAUGUCGAGGCAUUUCCUGCCAGAAUCAACCUCGUCUCAGCAGAAAAGGAAAACAUUAGCUCAGAAGCACUUGAAGCAGCUCGUAUUGCAGCCAAUAAGUAUAUGAUAAAAACUAUAGGAAAAGACAAUUACCACCUUAGAGUCUGCUGUCAGCCCAUUCAUAUUCUUAGAAUUAAUAAAAUGUUGACAUGUGCAGGAGCUGAUAGACUUCAAACUGGUAUGAGAGGAAGCUUUGGUAAAGCAUACGGAAGAGCCGCCAGAGUAUUUGUUGGGCGGCACAUUCUUUCAGUCAGAACCAAGGAGAACUUUAUAAAGGAUGCUAAAGAAGCAUUGAGAAGAGCCAAGAAUAAGUUGCCAGGUCAGCAACAAAUUCAAGUUUCUCAGAUUUUUGGAUUUACUGGAAUUACAAAAGAGGAAUUUGAAAAGCUUAAAGCCGAGAAGAAGAUUUGUUUAGUUUCAGGAUCUACUGUUAGUAUCAUAAAGAACAAGGGAAGUGUUGAAUCUUAUUUAAACAAGAUUUCCAGGGCGCUUUAA